UGAUGUGUUUUUUGUGUUGACAAGUUUAGCUUCGUGGUGAAUUACUUGUAAAUAUUGGUUUUUCUCCACAGACAUGCUUCACAAGCACUGAUUUCGGAAACUGCGAGGGGAUAUAUUUACAAGCUUGAAGCUUGAGAGACUUGAUUGACCCAAAGCGCAAAAUGCCUUUCUUUGUGAUGCGUUGACUCACAAAGUCUACAAGGAGUUAAUGCAUGUUUUGAACCAAAAAAACUAAAUACAGGACAAUCACAUGUACAUAUAUACAUGAACAUUGUGUGUACACUUUAAAGUUUAAGUGCCUAUGAUAUGCAAGAACUACUGCACUGCAAUUGUUGUUACAUGUAAGCAGCGAUGAUUUCCUCUCACGUAGUCCCAGAUGAUGUUCCCUUACAUUUAGCCACCAAGAUCGUCUUCAGCAUUAUUGCCGCGCUGGGCAUCGCGGGCAACGGCCUGGUGAUCUACGUUUUGGCCUCUGCGGUCGCCUCCCGCAGGGGCAAUAUCAACAUCCUCCUGAUCAACCAAUCCCUGAUUGACCUGAUUACCUCGAUUCUGCUGGUGCUGUGUUUUCUCACCCCGGGACAGAGGCCCCCAUCGCCUACUCCGGCCGCGGCAGCAUUCAUCUGCUACAUCUGGAACUCCAAGUACCUCUUCUGGGCAACCACCAUGGCCUCCAUGGUAAAUCUGCUCUUGCUGACGUUUGAGCGUUACUAUGCCACCCUCUACCCCUUACAGUACUGCAACAGGUCCUUCCUAAAAUGGCCCAGGUCCUUGGCAUUGGCUACGCUGCCCUGGAUAUUGGGCUACCUGCUGGAAAUCUACACGGUACUCGGGCAUACUGUAGACAAACAUAACCAGUGUAAGUUGAAGCACUUCCCAACCUGGUCUGUUAAGAUCAUAUACUCGGUGGCCGUGCUGGUCUUUGAUUACCUAGUGCCCCUGGGCCUGAUGGUGUUUGCCUACGUCAGAAUUUACCGGGCGUUGCGGGGGAAUACGGCAGCGUCUGGUGACUCUCCAAACGAGCGGACGCCGAUCGUCCAGCCAGCCAACCAGCAUGGAGAGUCAGCGUCCCGCAGCCUGGCGCGCCGGAACGUCAUCAAAACCCUGGUCACCGUCUGUGGGGUCUUCUGCCUGCUCUGGCUGCCAAACCAAUUUGCCUACUUUUACUACAACAUCAGUGAUGAAGUCCAUUUGAAUAUGGACCUGUACGGAGCCAGCAUCAUCUUUGCGUUCCUGAACAUGUGCGUCAACCCCUUCAUCUACACGUUCCAGUAUCAUCAGUUCCGGGAGGGGUUGGGGCGGGCUAUACCCUGCCUGGCGAGGUUUAGGAUAAUGAGAAUACCAGAAACUAGGAACAAUCUGGCACCUGCUUAACUGUGAUUUGAAUGGAUUUCCACAUAUACAAACACCCUAAAUGGUAGUUCAAAGUUCAAAGCAUUUGUGUUAAAAAUAAACCCUAUUGCCGCUGUUCAUGCUAAUCUAGUGGCUUUUUGGCACAUUACAUUGGGCAAUGGGGGAGUGUGACCUAGUGGUUAGGGUCUGUGACUCAUGAUCAGAGGGUCAGGGGUCCGAAUCCAGCUGCUGGCCAUAUGUUGUGUCCUUUGGCAAGCCACUUCACCCCCACUUGCCUCUCUCCACCCAGGAGUAUAAAUGGGUACCGGCAUUAACUGGGGAUUAACCUGCGAUGGACUAGCAUCCCAUCCAGGAGGAAUAGAAAUAUUCUUGGUUGUUUCAUGCUACUGAAACCGGAGAUAAACGCCAGCCUGAUGGGCCGCUUUGGCUCGUGACAGACUGUACUUUUACUUUAAUUCAAAAUCGUCUCACUGGCACUAGUUAGUCAGUUAGAAUUUUCCCUAAAUAUAUAUGUUCAAGCAAAGUAAAACUUUGGGAUGCCUAACGUGCUACUGCAUUUAUCUCCAAAUCAAAAAGUGAAUUCACGUCA